AUGGCCGCAGUUCCGAAGAAGAUGUCUUUCGCAAAGGUGCUUGCGACGAGCACCAAAGACAGCCGCCUUCAAGGAGGCCCUGCCGCUCGUGUUGCUGUGCCUAGCCUCGACCGCCGAGGCCCGAUUCCUUCGCAAGCAGGCGGCAAAUCUGUGACUUCGGCACCGGCGCAACACUUUCAAACUAGCGCAGAUCCCUUACCAGUGUUGGAUGACAACAAAGCCAACGUGGUCGACCGACUCAGUCAAGGCAUCGCUGGGGUGGCUUUGGGGCCAGCUGAAGUAGCGCACACUUCUGCGCCUAAUCUUGUAGUUAAUGGCUCAUCAGCUACUCCGAGCGAACAACAGACACGACCCGAUGUUGCAACACCUUCAUCAGAUGAGACGUCACAGAAAGCUGAUUCCGCCUCCGAGAUGGGCACUAAACCGCCAAGUCUUGAUGGAAAAAGCAUUGCCUCUGGAACCACCUUCGCUCUAGACGAGAAGGAGUCUUUAAGGCCUGACGACAGUGCCAGUGUUCAGGCAGCUGCUGAUGACGAUGAGGCCUUUUCUGUUCGUGGCUCCCUUUUGGCGACCUCGCGCGGGGGUUCCGAGGUCGCGAGGAUACACCGACUUCGCAUCGGGGAUAUGCCGGAACGCCGUAUUGUCCAGCUCUUGCCUGAGACACAUGAUCAGGGGCUGUCGACUCCUCAAAGUGGUGUCUCCAGCCAGCAGCCUCCUACAGACCCCUCACAAAUAUUGGGUCCGGGCAAUGGCGCCGAUCCAAUGAACUCGGUAUACGGCCAGAAUCCGGAUGAGAAGCUCAUCGAAGCCAUGAAGUCGCCAAAGGACCGAAUCUUCCUGUUACGGCUUGAGCAGGAUGUCAUCAACUUUGUACAGUCAUCCAAAGAGCCGUACAUGGAUCUGCCACCGAACAAUUCAUUUUGCAGAAUGCUGACUCACAAACUCGCCGAUUAUUAUCACAUGACGCACUCUUUCGAGGCCGUCCAAGGCGCAGUACGCAUCUACCGGACCCCGUUUUGUCGGGUGCCACCCUCACUAGCCAGCAUCAUGGAGAAUAGCGUGCCGCCGGAGCCCGAGGUUCCAGCCCAACCCGUGAUGCUACCACGCAAGAUCAUGAGGCGUGGCGAGGAUGACGGUUCGGGAAAUGCGAGUAACAGUGCCUCAAAGGCGACCUCGGAAGUAGGCAGUGACGGCAAGGGAAAGCCCAAGACAAAAGAAAAGCUCACGAGGGAAGAGCGCGAAGAGGCAUACAAGCAAGCCCGAGAAAGAAUCUUUGGCAAGGAGGACAAGGCCAGCGAGUCAAAUGACGGCGAAGAUAUGUCUCGCGCAAGCUCCAUGUCUGGAAAGGAUAGGUCGACGCUUGGCAAGCGCGGCAAGACCAGCAAGCAGCGCAGAGACGACUCUGAAAGCUUUGAUUCGCGCUCGCAGUACACAGCGUACUACGGACAUCCUCACCAGCCCACGUGGACACCGCAGUAUGUUGCUGUUGGCAAUCAGCAAUAUGCAGCACCGCCGCAUGCACCUUUUCAGCAAACAAUGCCAUCAAUGUAUCAGAACUCUACACAGCCAUAUUCUCAGGGCAUGCCGAUGAAUGGUUAUGGUCAAUAUGGCAACACACAUAGUUAUCCCCAACAGCCACAAGCACAGUUGCAGACCGCGAGGUAUCCUGCACCUCAAGGUAUGAUGGCUCCUUUUGGCCCGCCUAUGCAACCUGGCCCGCAACAGAACUGGGUACAGCCACAGCAGAGCUUCAGCAACCAGACACCACCUUCUCCGUACCAGCACCGAUCAUCUCCGGCGCCGAUGGGCCCUGCAGUCCCAUACGCUUUUGGCCAACUACCGGCCCACGUCAAUCCUCACGACCCGAAGAGUCAACAUCCGAUUCCUGGAAGCUAUAAUCGACACGCGUUCAACCCUAAGACGCAGUCUUUCGUGCCUGGUAGUGGCAUGAGCCCUGUCCAGUCAGCCAUUGCUCCAUACAACACAGGGCCCAUGCACGGAAGCCCGCAGAUUGGCACGUCUCAUCUCGCAUACGGCAGCUAUGCACCCUCUUCUCAACAGCCGUACAUCGGCGCCUCGAGUUACGGCAUGAGCCGGCAGAGUUCAAGCAAUUCACUGCCGCCGUAUCAUCAGAACCAGCAUAUCUCCCAGCCCACUUCUGCACCCAUGGCUCAACUAGGGCAGCAAACCAUGCCUAUGAAGCCUGGAAUGCCGCCUCAUGGCUACGCAGUGGGUCCGAACACGCAGGCUUACGGUCACUUGCCAAACUACGGCAACCCGGCAACAUUGCCUCAGAAGCCUUCAUCAGGCAUCUAG